CCCCUAUGGCUUUGAGAGACGUCACGAUUUUGAAUCCUACAAGGAGAUGAUGAACGAGUAUGUAGCCGUCCUCAACAGGAGGUCGAUGAGAUGGUCCAAGCUCCUUCAGGAGAAACCACAUGUGGAGAAGAACUUGACAGUGAAAAGGUAUGUGCGUAAAGGCGUUCCCAAUGAGCUCCGUGCCAGGAUUUGGAUGGCAGCCAGCGGUGCACAGGAACGACUGGAGAGCAACCCGGGUUAUUUCCAGUCUCUGCUGGCCAUGGAGCACGACACCAAGCUGAAGGAAACCAUUCAUACAGACAUGCAUAGGACCUUUCCUGACAACGUCCUCUUCCAAAGCAAAGCAGAACCGAGCCUGCAGAGCGCUCUGUACAAUGUGCUGCUGGCCUAUGGACACCAUAAUACGGAAGUGGGGUACUGUCAGGGCAUGAACUUCAUUGCAGGCUACCUCAUGAUCAUCACCAAAGACGAAGAGAAGUGCUUCUGGCUCAUGGAUGCAUUGUUGGGCAGAAUGCUCCCAGACUUCUACAGUCCGGACAUGAUGGGCCUGAAGACGGACCAGGAGGUUCUCGGGGAGCUGGUGAAGGCUAAAGCUCCCGCAGUGGGACAGCUCAUGGCCCAGUAUCCCGGCAUAUGGACACUGGUGGUGUCACGUUGGUUCAUCUGCCUCUACAUUGACAUACUCCCAAUUGAGACAGUUUUGCGAGUUUGGGAUUGUCUUUUCUACGAGGGCUCCAAGGUUCUCUUCCGUGUCGCUCUGACUGUUAUUAUUCACCACCAGCCGGAGAUCCUUAGAGCUCGCUCUUUGGCUGAUGUGUGCGAGUGCUUCAAACAAAUCACCUGUGGAGCUUUCACUCUGGACUGCCACAACUUCAUGCAGAAAAUCUUUACAGAACCUGGGAGCCUGUCGAUGGCAACUAUCGAUAAACUCAGAGAGAAUUGUAGACAACGAAUACUGGAGGAAGAAUCUGGAAGGCCGUAAAGUUUCGGAUCCACCAUUCCCCCCUAUUUGACUGGAUUUCUAAAACUGGCAGCUUUCAUCAAGUUUAAGAAAAAUGACACCUUACUAUCAUUAACAAUUAUCUAUUACCAAAAGGACUACGGGUGGCUUGUUUGUUUUUCUUGCAUUUCAGUGUCAGAUACUACACUCUUGAGGAUGUUGUUUUUGAACCUUGAAUAAAAUGUAUUUAAAUCUU